ACACAUUGCAUCAGUUUUGUAAAAACAUCAAUGUUUUGAUAUUUGAAUAAAAUUAAAAAUAGUAAAAAUAUUAAGCAGUUUUGAAAUGAGCGAAACAGACAUCGAUAAAAUUUGCCGACUUUGCUGCACAAAAAAAGGUCGGUUGAGGCAUCUUUUCGACGAUCGGCAAGAAUAUGCGCGACCAUUGCCGGACAUUAUCAGCGAUGUUUCUCGGCUGCAGGUGGAGCGAAAUGACGGAAUGCCGCAACGGAUCUGCAGAGUGUGUACUACAACAUUGGUGAAAAUUUAUGAAACGAUUGAGAGCUAUCGAGCGAAUGAUUUGAAGCUUCGUCAACUGCUUAGCGCGGAACCUCCCGUGGAGAUAAAGGAAGAAGAAGUGGACAUAGAGUUUUUGGAAAAUGCAUUUACACAGGAUUUACAAGUUGGAAAUGUGUCUAUAAAACAGGAAGUAACGGAAAUAGAGUAUCUUGAAUCGGAAAUUUCACAGGAAAACCUCAAUGAGUCGUCAGAUGACAAGGAGUCGAAAAUUUCCACUUCAAACGACAAUAUCAAAAAUGAUAUUACAAAUGAAGACGACUACGACGCGGAGUGGAAGCCCCAGUCAAACCACGAUAAAGAGGUUAAAAAAUCAUCAGUAAAGGGAAGUCGUAAGCGAAGAACAACAAAAGAUGACAAGGAGAAGAUUCCCGGUCGCCGUCGCCGAAAGGAUGAAUAUCCUGACCGUCCUAGAUUGCAUGAUCACAAAUGUUAUAUUUGCAAAAGUGAAUCCCAAGGUACAGCCGAAGCACUCUUGGCUCAUCUGAACAGUAAUCAUUUGGAUCUACUGCCUUACACAUGUCCCGAAUGCGUAAUGGAAACGAUUGUACUCAAGGGUAUUCAAGGUGUAAACUACCACAUGCGACAACACUUGAAUCCUGUAAAAUGUCCUUAUUGCGACCGACGUUACUGCAAUAAAAAGAGUGUUGAGUUUCAUGUGCAGUCACAUCACAUGGGAGAAAAUGCUCCACAUCCAUCGCCGUGCGACCAAUGCGGAAAAGUCUAUCCUUCUAAGUUGGCCCUGAAAAACCACAUGCGGCUGCAUACAUCGGGCGCAGCAUGCGAAAUUUGUGGAAAGGUCUUUAAAGAGAGGAACAGACUUCGGAAGCACAUCCAACGCCGACAUGAAAAUCUUAAACUUUUCGAGUGCCACAUCUGCAAGAAAAAACUUACUUCGUUAUGCUCUGUUCAAAGUCAUAUCAAAACGUAUCACACAAAUCAAGUGUUCAAAUGCAGUUACUGCCCGAGAACCUACACAUCAGAGAUGACACACAAAUUCCAUGAGAAGAAGCAUGCCGAAAACCCGGAUUAUGUGGCCACAAAAGAUUGGAAAGAGUAUUACGACUAUGUCGAGGGCGAAUCGGAAGGAGGAGCUAAACUGAAAAAAUGUAAACUAUGUGGAGUAGUAACCAGAAACAUGAUAUCCCACCUGACUUCGAUUCACUUUCCAUCUGAGUUCAGGUGUGAAAUAUGUGGCGCCACAUUCAAACGUAAAAAUACCUACGAUAUCCACGUGCUGGAGCACGAACAUGGUAAAGCUGUCCAGUGUCCGAUUUGCAAUCGGGAAUUCUCCGAUCGUAGACUUUUGUUGGCGCAUCUGCGCACCAAGCAGCAUCGCGAUCAUCCGAUAGCCAAGUCGGUGCUCAGCACUGUGCGCAGAACCAAGAAUAGCAAACCGAAGGAAGCGAACACGGACGAGAACCCGGAUGCUGUUUUCCAAGAUGAUGGUUUGGUUGAUGUGGGAGAAGAUGGUUUCGUGUAAGAUGGAUCGCUUGUACAAUAAAGGAGAAUAUGCAAAUUCCGUUACGUCACUGUCCUAGCGUUCAGAUUUAGGAAUCAAGAUGCGUCCCUAA